AUGGACCUUAAUUUUUAUUCUGGACUUCCUGACGGUUGUGCUCAAAAUGUUGAUUCGGAGUUUUUGGACAGCCAACCAUAUGGUGGUUACUCCGAAGGAAAUAAGUUUUCAGAAGGCAAUGAUAGUUACCUAACCAUAGGUGGCGGUGCUCACCACUUUUUGUCCGCUGAGCAGACGUUCCACACCCCCAGCCUAGGAGAUGAAGUUUUUGAGAUUCCCCCCAUCUCACUGGACCCGGACUCGUCACUCAGUAUUUCUGAAGCGGUGUCCCACUUUGAGUUGUCCGAUGGGGGAGAUGGCUCAGCGGGACCUUCGGGUUCUCGUAGCCUGGUUAGCAACUUGGUGGUGGAAGCUAACGAUCCAUCUUUUGCAUCCCCCUUUGUGAACACCGGCUCCCAAGGCCUGGAGCACCUCAACAUGGGAGCCAUGGGUCAGGGGAAUGGAGGAGCUCUGCUCAGCUCAUCAUCAUUGGAGCUGGGAAACAGUGGCGGCUCUCAUUUCAGCAGCCCGUCCCCAAUGACCAUUGAUGUUCAACUCGCUGACAUAACUCAUGGCCUUUUAGGAAGUGGUCACUUAGCUACCAUUAACCAGACAGAGCUGACUCUGGGUCUAGGAGGAGAAUGUGUAGGACCUCCUGCAGGGACUUCGGAGCCGCCACUGUCGGCGACACCUUCUCCAGCUGGCUCUUUACAAGAUGAGGACAUGGAUGACUUCAAGAGGAGUGUGCUGGUAGACUCCCCCAUGUCUGUGUCCUCAUCAUCCUCAGUCCUCUCCCAUUCUGCUGUCCAGUCAUCUGGCUCCUUGGCAGCAGCCAAAAAGGCCACGGGAACACUGACAACAUUCAAAACAGGCCGGCUGAAGAAAGACCCAAAUGAGCCGCAAAAGCCAGUUUCUGCAUAUGCUCUGUUUUUUAGAGACACACAGGCUGCCAUCAAAGGUCAGAACCCUAACGCUUCUUUUGGAGAGGUGUCAAAGAUUGUGGCGUCAAUGUGGGACAGUCUGGCUGAAGAGCAGAAACAGGUCUACAAGAAAAAGACCAAUGCUGCCAAAAGGGAGUAUUUAAAAGCUCUGGCAGCUUACCGAGCCAACCAACUGUCACAGCCCCAAUGUGACAAGGUGGAGACAGCACCUUCACCACCUCCACCUGAUGUCAGCCAGGCCUCUGUGGCCAACCCCCCUGCGAGUCACCAGCUCGUCCGUUUGGCAAAUAACGUUGAAGAGAACACCCUGACCAACAUUUGUGCCUCCAAUAUCAUUCUGGAUAUCCCUGAGAGGGCAACUCGUUCCCGCACGGGGGCAACCAAACCAGCACCGGCCCCGGCGGCUGCAACCGCAGCACCACCGGUGCAAACCAUCACUAAGAUCCUAAUUCCAAAACACAUGCUUCAGGCAGGAGGCCAGUUUGUCACCCUAAAAAUGCCGGCUGGCAUCCACACUUUGCAGCCAGCCCUUGUGGUGCCCGGCGCCCCUCGCCUGCCUCCGCCCUUGCAGCAGAUGCAGAACGCGCCCCCGCCACCACCGCUCCAACAGAUGGCGCCAGCUCCACCGCGGUUACUUCUGGCCAAGCCUCGGGAGGGCGGAAACGCAACGGGACCGCCCGUGUCCAUCGCAGCUGCCCCGCCGCCUCCGCUUCAGAUAAAAAUAGUUCCCGCCCCAUUGCAGGGAAAAGACGCCUUGCCCAUCAUCAUCCCCGCCACGGCAACAGUGGCGCCAACGGUGUCAGGAUCCACACUUGCGGCGGCAGUGCAGGUGGUGAAUUCUGCCGAGUCAGCGGGUCAGCAUGAUGAGGAGGUCAUCUCGGAGGUGCUGCCUUCCGAAGAGGAGGAGAUGGAAGUGAACGAGUCGUGUGAGGACGCCGCUGCGCCAUCCGUGUGCGUGAGGUCCGGCUGCACAAACCCAGCUGUUGAGAGCGAUGACUGGGACAAAGAAUACUGCAGCAACGAGUGUGUGGCCUCUCACUGCAGUGAUAUUUUCAAGGCGUGGUUUUCCAUCCGAAACCAAACCCUGGGAACGGUGAAAUAA